CAAUAAAUCCAUUUCAUCGGUAGAAAGCGAUCGAGCACCCCUUGGGCUUCUUUUCUCGCUCCAUUUUCCACCCUUGCAGACUCUCGUCUUCUUCUCGAUCAAAGCCCUCCGCGAGUCUCCCAUGGCGACCUUCGGCAACAACAAUCUCAGUGCCAAGCUCGUCUUGUUGGGCGAUAUGGGUGCCGGGAAGUCCAGCCUCGUUCUUCGGUUCGUCAAGGGCCAGUUCCUCGAAUUCCAGGAAUCCACGAUCGGGGCGGCAUUCUUCUCGCAGACGCUGGCUGUGAGCGACGCCACGGUGAAGUUUGAGAUUUGGGACACGGCGGGGCAGGAGAGGUACCACAGCUUGGCUCCCAUGUACUACCGUGGUGCUGCUGCUGCCAUCAUCGUGUAUGACAUCACCAGCACGGAUUCCUUUGAGAGAGCUAAGAAGUGGGUUCAAGAGCUACAGAAACAAGGUAAUCCAAACAUGGUAACUGCUCUUGCGGGAAAUAAAUGUGAUUUGGAAGAUAAAAGGAAGGUGACUACUGAGGAAGCACGGACAUAUGCUGAGGAGAAUGGUCUUUUCUUCAUGGAAACCUCUGCCAAAACAGCCAUUAAUGUGAAUGACCUAUUCUAUGAAAUAGCAAGAAGGUUGCCUCGUGCUCAGCCAGCUCAGCAACCAGCAGGGAUGGUUCUUGCAGAUAGGCCAGUUGACCGGUCUCGAGCUUCAGCAUGCUGUUCAUAGGUUGCAACACGUCAUCUGUUUGAAAGGAGUUAACAGUGUAAUGUCUUUGGAAGUGCAGCAACAAUGUCAUGAAACAAGUGAAGGUUUAUAUAUAUGUAUAUAUAUAUAGAUAUUGGCAAAUUGUUCCGGUGCACCUCACACCUUCAUUAUGGAAGAAUCUAUCCUGUUUCUAUCAUCUGUUUCUGGAUCCUGUAAAUAAGCAAGGAUUGUUAUGUUUGUUUACCAUCAAACUUUCUAUAAAUAUACGGUUUGGUGUAAUUAGUGUUUUACUUCACAGUAAUCAACACUUGUUGAAAUUGACAGUUAAUGAAGAAUUAUCUUUGCAUGA